GGCACGAGCAGAUGAUGUGUAAUUACGGUGUGCGAGCACUCAGGAACAUGAAGCACAGUCACAGUGACUGAUAGAUAAGACAUCCGAUCCGCAACCUUCCCCGGCUCGAGCCUAGGCAAGCCGACAUUCUGACCCUAUCUGCCAGGAAGCGUGGCACAGCACGCUCGCUCGUAUGCCACUCCAGGCGAAGUGGAGGCAGCUCGACAGAACUCAUGUACAUAUGUGCCAGGGGUAGCUAUGGGGCGAAGUUCUGCUUAGUGCCUUAACCAAGGAAUAUUACGCUUCUACAGAGGAGGCAGCUUGAUCCAAUUGAAGAAUAGCAAAUUUAAGGUUAUGGAUUACGUCUACCCUGCACUUGACAUGUCUUCCCUCUUCCCAUCGCCAGUUCAAAGUCCAGUGCCCUAUGGCGGUAGCCUGGAUUUCUGGGCUGACUGGCCAGCAGUUUCAGACAUCAACACAUCAGAUCUAUCGCAGGAAAUGUCGGACGGGGCUGUGACCGAAAUGGUGGAAUUCUGGCGGGAAGAAAAUUUCUUCCCCGAAUUGAACGGUUCAGUGAUCACGCCUUCACAGCGUUUACCAGCAAGGACCAUGUAUUGCACUGACAGCUGCUCAGAGUACCUGGACGAAAGUGCAAGACAACUGCAGUAUCAACCAGAAGCAUCACCAAUUGUGGUUCUGGGGGUCAACUUGUCUGCGCUUGGCGAUGAGUUCUCAUGGUUGCCAUCCAUAGAUGAAGAGCACCCUGCGGAUGGUCGUGGCUUUCUAAACGAAAGCGAACAAAUCGAGAAACAGGGUUCCUAUAUUGACGCUGCGUCAGCAGCCUUGGCGUCUCACGAUUACACCAACAGAAAUUUUGAGCAGAAUUCCAAGGGGUGCUUUCAUCCAUACCGAGGGUCCGAUACCGUUCUGGAACUAUCAACAUCACCGUCUUAUACUAUAUCACCGCUUCUGACACCCGUAACAACUCCAGAAAUAAAUCCUAUUACAUUUCCUGUCACAUCACCGCCACAUUUUGCAGCGUCUCCUGCAACAGUGUAUUCUUUGUCCCCGGUACUCAAUGCAUUGCCACUUGAUAUUCAUAUGAACGGGGUAAUGGCCCCCACUUCUUCCCCCAAAUCAGGAAGCCUUGCGAAACCCCACGCUGAAGAGAAAACAUUUCACUGCACAUUCAAUGGGUGCAAGAAGAUAUACGCCAAGUCAUCACACCUGAAGGCGCAUCUUCGGAGACACACAGGAGAGAAGCCGUUUGUUUGCACGUGGGCUGGGUGUGAGUGGAGGUUUUCCCGAUCAGAUGAACUUUCACGUCAUCGAAGAUCUCAUUCAGGAGUUAAGCCCUACCAGUGUCCAACGUGUGAGAAGGGAUUUUCACGGUCUGACCACCUAGCGAAACAUCUGAAAGUUCACAAUAGGCAGCGCUGGGUGUCAUACAACAGCAAAGACGCCAUACAUCUGCGGAGGGAGAGGAAACUUACUUCCAUACAUCGUGUCUGACGCCUGUUUCUAGUUUAGUCAG